CAGUAUGACAUGCAGAUGAGUGCCGUCGAUCUUAGAAUCACCGCACACUUCACUCAUUUGGGCAGUCACGGGGCCAAAACCAGAGUGUGGAGCCACAGUGUGGCGGUGGAGGUAGCAGCAAUGGGAGGCCAUACAGCACCCUAUGACAAAAUGGAACCCACCAGCAGUGUGAGGAGACCUGAAAGUGGCACAUGGCAGAGUGUGGCGAUGGAGACAGCAGCAAUGGGAGGCCGUACAGGGACCCAUGAGACACUGUGGACCUGGCAGCAGCAUGAGGAGGCGGUACAGGGGCCCAUGGCAGAUUAGGGGCCUGGCAGCAGCUAUGGGAGGCCCGUAAUCUGCCAGCACCCUAUGACAAAAAAUGGAACACACCAGCAGUGUGAGGAGACCUGAAAGUGGCACAUGGCAGAGUGUGGCGAUGGAGACAGCAGCAAUGGGAGGCCGUACAGGGACCCAUGAGAGACUGUGGACCUGGCAGCAGCAUGA